GUUAACUACAAAUGCAAGAUACCGAGCCUUAGAUUUUAUUAAAGGCAACAUGUAAACGUAUAAUAUAAUAUCCUGUUUGUAGAAAGUUUUUUUGUGAAUGCAUAUAUUAUAUCGUUUUAAACAAAUAUAUUUGCGAAAAGUUAUGAACAAUAAAAAAAUCCAUUUGAUAAAAUGUCCUUAAAAUGGUUUCACAGUAGUUUAAAUGGCUCUCAAGCAGAAGAACUUCUCACUCCACUUGCUGAUGGAAGCUUUCUUGUAAGACCAAGUGAAAGUAAACACGGGGAUUUUACUAUUUCUGUCAAAUGCAAUGGUAAAGUAACUCAUAUUAAGAUUCAGAAUGAUGGUGACUCUUUUUUGCUGAUAGGAAGUCCAGAUCCAUUUCCUACACUAGAAAGUUUAGUAUCUCAUUAUAGAAAUACUCCUAAUUCGAUAAAAGAAAAAAGCGGCGUUUUUAUUGAGCUGCUUUACCCUGUGCGUUCUACUGAUCCAACAACAGAAAGAUGGUAUCACGGAAGUAUUGGUGCUAAAGAAGCAGAAAGAAUGUUACUGUCGAAAGGUAGACUUGGCAGUUAUCUAGUUCGUGAGAGUCAAAGUCAACCUGGUCAGUUUGUCCUUGUUGUCAAGUGCGCAAAUGGUGUACAGCAAGUAAUAAUAAGUUGUAGAAAUAAAAAAUAUGAGAUAAAGUCUGGUCCAUCAUUUGCAUCCCUUCAAGAACUUAUUGAGUAUUAUGUAAUGAAUCCAAAGUUGCAUGAUGUUAAGGAUCAAUCACCAAUCAAAUUGAGGGAGCCUUUUCAAAGUACAAGUUUUGUUGCUUCUUCAAUAAAUGACAGAAUAGCAGUUCUUCACAAACAGUAUAAGAAUGGAGUUUCUGGUUUUCGAGAAGAGUUUGAACAACUUCAACGUUUUGAUCAAAAUGAUGGAGUGUACACAACUAAUGAUGGUCUUUUGGAGGGGAAUCGAUGGAAAAAUAGAUAUAAAAAUAUAUUACCAUAUGAUCAUUCACGAGUGAGAAUAAAGGGAAGUGAUCUAAGUGAUCCAUGUAGAGAUUACAUUAAUGCUAGUUACAUUGACGUCGAACUAAAAACUUGGAAAGUAAAAUACAUUGCUGCACAAGGUUGUCUAAAUUCAACAAUGAACAGUUUUUGGGAUAUGGUUUACCAACACAACAGCUAUAUAAUUGUCAUGCUGACAAAUGAAAUGGAAGGAGACAAAAACAAAUGUGCAAAGUACUGGCCUGAUUUAGGUUUAUCAUCAGAGUAUGGAAAAAUUGUAGUUGAUAAUAUGUUGGAACAUCAAAAUAAACACUUUGUUAUGCGCGAAUUAAGAGUUUAUCAUACAGAUAAAGCAAAGAAACCACCCCAUAUGGUUUACCAGUAUCACUUCAUAGAUUGGCCUGAUCACGAUGCACCUGCUGAUCAAGGAAUAGUUUUAGGAUUUCUUAACGAGGUUCACACAAAGCACAGUCAAUGUGGUAGAAACGCUCCUAUUGUGGUUCAUUGCAGUGCUGGUAUUGGGCGUACUGGAACAGUUAUUGUUAUUGAUAUACUUAUGCAUUUGCUUGAUGAGCAAGGUUUAGAUGCAGAAAUUGACAUUCAGAGAACAACACAACUUUUACGAACACAGAGAGCUGGCAUGGUGCAAACUGAGCUGCAGUAUAAAUUUAUAUAUGAAGCAAUAAAGCAUUUUAUAGAAGUAGAGUCAAAGAGAGAAGCAGUGAAAAAGGAAAACCUUACAUCAACAUCAGUUGUAAGCCUUUAUGGUAACUUAGACUUUUCAAACUCAGUAGAGAAUAUUCCUAAAUCUUCAAGCAAUGAUGUUGUAAAAUCAUCAUCUCCAAGAUUUCAAUCAUCAUCUGUUUAUGCAAAACCAACUUCACCCAAAAAUGGUGGAAUUCCUCAAAGAACCAAUGCAACAAGGACAAGAGUGUCUACUGAACCUUUGUUAAGCACAAAAACAUCCAACUCAAAAAAUAAGUAGUGAUGUUUAAAGCACAAUGACA